CUUGGUUUAACAUUUUCUGCCACAUGUUCUGCCGAAUGCUUAUCGCACAGUACGUCAAAUAUACCUAAUUCACAGGCGGUGAACAAUACAUUUGAUUUAACAAAUCCAUGGAAAAUAUCUGAAAGGGAUGUAGGAUCCUUCGAUUGUACGGAUCUUUACGUUCGGUUAUGGCCGACGGUCUUCAGUGACCAUCAUCGUGUUACGAAUUCGAGGCCGACUUCUUAUCGAGUGCACGUGUCGUCAUACGAUCUUCCAUGUGCUCUCUCUGACCAGACCAGAUCAUUGCUGACUCCAUGACGAGGCUCUCCCUCGCUCGAGAGUGUUGAGAAGCACUUCAGCCCGCAAUAUGAAGUCCGUUACAUUCGUUCUGUUUGUCCUGUCGGCUCAUUUAUCAGUAGCUCAGCAGCGUUCUGAAGACCUCUACUGCUACAGCUGUGCGAGCGCCAGGUCCAUGAAACAUUGCGUGCUUAAACAGGAACCGAUUCUGUGUCCCGCGGGAAAGGACCGCUGCCUCGAGGCCGAGUUUAGAGGAAGGAAUGGUUACGGAUUUGUUCGAGAUUGUGUGAAAGAAGAACACUGCAACGAGGCAGCGUUGCCACAAUGCACCCAGUUGACGGGUGACAAUCAGUUUUGCUCAUUUUCCUGCUGCAAAGGCGAUCAUUGUAAUGCAGGCUCAAGGAUCGCGAUCAGCGGUCUUAUCAUCGGAGCAUGGGCACUAGUGCUUACGGCUGCUCAAUUUUUUGCGUAAAUUAUUCAGAAUUGUCAGUUCGUAAACAUGCUUUCACUGACUGUGUAAAAAAAUUAAACUAUGCUCAGCACUAUUUGUUAAACGUCUUUUUUUCAGCAUUUGCGUGAAGUGCAACCAAGAAGUAUUGUGUCUAAGUAGAUACGUGUCUUCAUAUAAAUAAUGCGAAUCGGUGGACUUUUUGAAUUAUGUUCACAAAAUAAGACAAAAUAUAUGAUUUUUUUUACAGCUAUGAUUGCAACUAAUUAAAUAAAAUGUUGAUAAUUGCC